UGAGUUACUCCGAGGCUGUACUCGCCACCAUCAGAAACUAAACCAUCAAUACAACGGAGAGACGGUCUGUAACUACAAUCGUAAGUCACGACCGUUCGUCGAUUCGCAAAGCAAGCAAGCAGCGACACGGGUCAGGAUUAAAAGCAAGAAAAAAAAUCAUCGAUUAUUGUUAUGGUGUCAUGUGCGAGAUAGAAUUUACCGCAGAUCGUCAAAGAGUUUGGUGAAGAUUAAGUUUACAGUUUGAACGAUGUGGAGACGCUUAUGGACGCUGGGCGUCCUCGUGAUAUUGGCAUGCUUGUCGUCGGCAGACAGAGUGUCAUCCCGGAGCAGAGAUUACGAUUACGAACUGCGACAAAGUAGUCAACCCUUCAGAUGUACGUCGGAAGGGUAUCACACGGAUCCACAAGACUGCAAGGUUUAUUACAGAUGCGUCGAUUGGGGAAACGGCAGUCCUCUGACGGCCUUCCGGUUCGAGUGUGGUCCCGGAACGGUGUUCUCCAAGGAUCAGGGUGAUAUUUGCACACACCCGUCUGACAGUGGCCGACCCGAGUGCGACGAUUCCGCGAAUGAAGUCGAUUCCUAUCCGCAAGGCAACCAAGACGUUCCGAAAAAUCCUGAAUACCCUCAAACGACGUCCAGGCCGACACCGACUUCUACAACGGGAACAACGCAGGCCGCAUCGGUUUCAUCGACGCAAGCAACGAUACCGGGAAGCAGCGAUAGUGGUCAGAAUAGUAAUGUACAAUGUACUCAGGAAGGCUUCCUUGCGGAUCCCAAAGAUUGUCGAAAGUUUUAUAGGUGCGUCGACGGAGGCGCAGGCUCGUUUAUAAAAUAUGAAUUCACGUGUGGCAGCGGGACGGUUUGGGAUCCUGAAAUUGAGGCAUGUAAUCAUGCGUGGGCUGUUUCGAGGAGUGAUUGUAGCGAAAAUGGUCAAGGAGGUAACGGUGAUAAUGGUAAUCCUGGAAAUAAUGAGAGUGGGCAGUGGAAUGGAGAUACUGGAGGCAAUGAUGGACAAUGGAAUGGAGAUACUGGGAACAAUGGUGGACAAUGGAAUGGGGAUACUGGGGACAAUGGUGGACAAUGGAAUGGAGACGUUGGUGAUUCAGGACAACCUGGUAACCCUGAUGGACAACCUGGUCAGCCUGGACAGCCUAGAGAUCCUAACGGGCAGCCCGGAAGUCCGGGUACUCCAGGCACACCGGGCACACCUGGAACGUCGGGAACACCGGGAACGCCGGGCUCACCUGGAACACCGGGAACACCGGGAACGCCGGGCUCACCUGGAACACCGGGAACGCCGGGCUCACCUGGAACGCCGGGAACACCAGGAACGCCGGGCUCACCUGGAACGCCGGGAACACCGGGAACGCCCGGCUCACCUGGAACGCCGGGCUCACCUGGAACACCGGGAACACCGGGAACGCCGGGCUCACCUGGAACACCGGGAACGCCGGGCUCACCUGGAACGCCGGGAACACCAGGAACGCCCGGCUCACCUGGAACGCCGGGCUCACCUGGAACACCGGGAACACCGGGAACGCCGGGCUCACCUGGAACACCGGGAACGCCGGGCUCACCUGGAACGCCGGGAACACCAGGAACGCCGGGCUCACCUGGAACGCCGGGAACACCGGGAACGCCGGGAACGCCGGGCUCACCUGGAACGCCGGGAACACCGGGAACGCCGGGCACACCUGGAACACCAGGAACAGCGGGAAUGCCGGGCACAUCUGGAACACCGGGUUCACCUGGAACGCCGGGCACACCUGAAACGCCGAGCACAUCCGGAAUGCCGGGGUCACCCGGAACGCCGGGAACGCCAGGCACAUCUGGAACACCGGGUUCACCUGGAACACCGGGCACACCUGGAACGCCGGGAAUGCCGAGCACACCUGGAACACCGGGAACGCCAGGCACACCUGGAACGCCAGGCACACCCGGAACACCGGGCACACCUGGAACGCCGGGAAUGCCGAGCACACCUGGAACACCGGGAACGCCAGGCACACCUGGAACGCCAGGCACACCCGGAACACCGGGCACACCUGGAACGCCGGGAAUGCCGAGCACACCUGGAACACCGGGAACGCCAGGCACACCUGGAACGCCAGGCACACCCGGAACACCGGGCACACCUGGAACGUCGGGAACGCCGAGCACACCUGGAACACCGGGAACGCCAGGCACACCCGGAACACCGGGCACACCUGGAACGCCGGGAACGCCAGGCACAUCCGGAACACCGGGCACACCUGGAACACCGGAAACGCCAGGCACACCCGGAACACCGGGCACAGCUGGAACGCCGGGAACGCCGAGCACACCUGGAACACCGGGAACGCCAGGCACACCUGGAACGCCAGGCACACCCGGAACACCGGGCACACCUGGAACGCCGGGAACGCCGAGCACACCCGGAACACCGGGAACGCCAGGCACACCUGGAACGCCAGGCACACCCGGAACACCGGGCACACCUGGAACGCCGGGAACGCCGAGCACACCUGGAACACCGGGAACGCCAGGCACACCCGGAACACCGGGCACACCUGGAACGCCGGGAACGCCGAGCACACCCGGAACACCGGGAACGCCAGGCACACCUGGAACGCCAGGCACACCCGGAACACCGGGCACACCUGGAACGCCGGGAACACCGGGCACACCCGGAACCCCAGGCACCUGUAACGAAGAGGGAUUUUUCGCAGACCCUAACGAUUGUCGUAAAUUCUAUCGCUGUGUUGCUGAUGGUGCAGGUUUCAUUAAAUAUCGAUUUGACUGCGGCGCUGGAACUGUAUGGGACCAAACUGCACAAAGUUGCAAUCAUUAUUCUGCAGUACCCACUUGUAAUCCCAGUACUGGAGGGUCAAAUUCUGUCGAUGGCCAGGAAGAUCAAAAUAAAUCAACCAGUAAACCCGGAACUACUACAACAAAUGUACCAACCAGCACUAGGAAAGAAGGCGGUACUACGAAGCUGCCCACGUCAAAUGUCAUGACAACAUCUUCUAACGAAAUAACUACGCAAAUUCCUGAAAAGCAGCCCCCCACAUCAACAUCUGAAACUGAUAGGAGCACCGUGGUAACAGAAUCAUCAUCUUCACCUGAGCCUGCUGAUCAAUUAACGACUAGGUCGACGACCCCGACUUCAGGGAACCAGGUAACAACAGUCUCACCCACAGAAACGUCUUCCCAACCAGAUGUCGGUUCGUCGAAAAUUCCCGAAACAUCGUCGACACCAUCCUCACCUCCACAAGUGGGAACAACCGAUUCACAGGAAGCAGUUACGAGCCCGCCUGAAAGUUCAACUCCGUCCACAAAAGCUACGAAUUCGCCAGGAACCGCUACUUCGAUGAAUCCGGAUGGCUCUGACAAGUCUGGAGAAUGCUCAGCAGAAGGAUUCUUUGGUCAUCCAACAGAUUGCCGUAAAUUCUAUCGUUGCGUAUCGACUGAUUCGGGGUACACGAAAUAUGACUUCGAAUGUGGUACCGGAACAGCUUGGGACGCGUCGGCUGAAACUUGCAAUCAUGUCGAGCAAGUAUCAUCAUGUAAUAGUCAAAGUAAUGGAACUGAUCAAAGCACAAAUUCCACGACGAGUACAACUCCAUCUAGUAGUACAGAUCCGUCUUCCACAACCACUGAAAAUACGAGUGUGGGAAAUCCGGAAGGAACUACCCAGCACUCCGGAGUAGACAGAACUGAUGAAGUUGGCCAAGUUAUUUCAAGUACCGAAGGUGGUCAGCAAAUGACUACCAAAGCACCUGAUCCGACCAACUCACCCGGUGAUUCUACCACCCAGAGUUCAUCAGUCCAGUCGACAACUAUCGAAACAACUGAAACUUUAUCCGAAUCAACUUCCACCGAAGCUUCAUCGGAAUCUUCUCCACAAUCCAGCUCCACUCAAACUUCGCCUGAAUCAAGUUCCACUGAAUCUUCCUCUGAAACAAAUUCAACCGUUGGCUCAACGGAAACAUCAGUUCCACCAUGCGCGACGGCUAAGCCAAACAUAACGGAAACUUGCGAGGAGGAAGGAUACUACCCACAUCCAACGGAGUGCGAUAAAUUUUAUCGAUGCGUCGAUAACGGGAAUGGUUUCAAUAUAUACAAUUUCGAUUGUGCGCCUGGAACUAUCUUUGAUCCAAGUGUCAGUGUUUGUAAUUAUCCUUCCGCUGUGUACCCGCCAAGAGACUGUUCAGGAAGCGUUCAAAGACCUGGUACGACCGCAGCUCCUGGUGAGACUGUAGCGUCGACUGAAAUGACAACGCGAGAUUCAGAGUCUACAACAUCAGCUGAAUCGACCUCCUCAAAUGGAUCGACGACACAAGAAUCUGAGUCAACUACAUCGGCCGAGUCGACAACUCAAGAACUGGAAUCUACGACGUCAGCUCAAUCGACGACAGAAGAAUCUGAGUCAACUACAUCGGCCGAGUCGACAACUCAAGAACUGGAAUCUACGACGUCAGCUCAAUCGACGACAGAAGAAUCUGAGUCAACUACAUUGGCCGAGUCGACAACUCAACAACUGGAAUCUACGACGUCAGCUCAAUCGACGACACAAGAAUCAGAGUCAACGACAUCACCUGAAUCGACUACACAAGAAUCAGAGUCAACGAUUUCAACGGAAUCGACGACACAACAAUCAACAUCUACGACGUUGGCCGAAUCAACAACUCCAGAACUGGAAUCUACCACGUCAGCCGAGUCAACAACGCAAGGAUCAGAGUCGACAACUUCAGCUGAAUUGACAACGCAAGAAUCAGAAUCGACCACAUCGACAGAGAAUCCUGUAUCCAGCACGACAAACGAAAGCACUACAACAACUUCAGGGGAAACAACCGAGGAAGGACAAACUACGACUGAUUCGACAACGGAAUCGUCCACCGUGAGCACUGAAUCUCCGAUAGAAUCAACGACAAGUCCAUCUAAGACAACGACGCAGUUUUCAACGGAAACAACAACAGCGGGAACGACGGACAGCACUUCCGAAGGAACAACUGAAACCACUACCGAAGCCCCGACACCAUCUGAACCCGGAACAACUCAAGCUACGUCAGAAUCAACUACGGAAAAAGCUGAGUCUACGACUGUCACUGAGUCCACUGGUUCCACAACGGAGUUGGAAUCGACAACAGAGAGCAUUGAGAGUACUACUGAAGGUUUGCAGACGACCACAGAGCAGUCGGAAAACACUACGGAAGAGCAGAAAACAACGGAAUCCACAGAACAGACGACCUCGGAAGCUCCGGAGUCUACAACAGACUCUCAAGGUACUACAACUGAUCCAUCAAGUCAGACAACCACACAAAAAUCCGAGGAAUCAACCACGGAUAUUGCUCUAACAACAACAGAAGUCGGGUCAACUGAAAAACCGCAAGUCACACCCUGCCCCCUUGCAAACUUGACCAACGAACAGAUAGCGUUGGUUUGUCCAACCGGGUUCCAUCGCCAUCCAAAGUACUGUAAUCUGUUUUACCAAUGCACAUCAGCAAGUAACAUGGAAAUCAAGGUUUUAAUUCUGAGUUGCCCCGAAGACACUGUUUACGACAGUCAGAAGAUCCAGUGCGUUCCUGAGGAGGAUUCGAGUGAACCAUGCUCUGGAUCAAAGGCCGAUGCCAGAUUCUACCGGAGAUUGAAGGACAACUCUAUGCCUCCCGUGAAAGUUCACAGUCAGAGCCUCUGUCCGAACGAAGGUCAUUAUCCAUAUCGCGAGGACUGUAGCAAUGCCUUCUACAAGUGCAAACGUGACAUAACGGGCUCGUUGCAGGGAUAUGUUUACAAAUGUCCACAAGACUUCGUUUAUUGGUCAGUUUCAAGAAGAUGCGAGAGAGCCAAUCGUCUGCCGAUGUGUUCGUCCGCGGAAUACAAGAAUAAGAAUUAUUCUUGGGAGAGUCGUUGGGGUGUGCCAGUAGAAGAUUCUAAUUUUUCCGCGAGAAUGCUCAAUUUUGAAAGCUAUUAAUUAUUGGAUAAGUUCCGUACAUAUGCGUUAGACUGUAGAUGAUAGAAUUACGACAUGGAUGUUGGAAAUCUUUUUAUUAGUUUAAUUUAUGUAUGGAUUUUCAGCAUCCAUUGUAGUUCAGGCAGCUGCCAUUUUUGAGUAACCAUUUAAUACUUACCUAAAUAGUUACCUUGAAACAGCAGCUUGUGCCUCGUUAUCACAUGAAUUCUAUUUCCAAUAAUUAAUGAUGAAUAGAGAGAAUCUCCGUACGAUUUUAACAAUCCUAGCGAUAAAAUCAUACGUGACAUUCAGGGACUUGGUUGUGGGAUAAGUGGUGAUAAUCACAUUUAAUAUCAAGUAUUUAGUGAUUGUUGAAAUAUGUAAUGCUAUCAUCUUUAUUUAUUUUACUAAAACGUAGCAUCUUGCCAAUCACGUGGCAGAACAGAAUAAAAUCAAAAGCUGGUGUCUUAUUGGAUAUUUCCACGACUGUAUAUGUACAAUAUUUAAUUUCUAUUCUUUUCUUUUAUUUAAUGUUAAUAUUAUUUCAUAUUAGUCACUUAAUUACAUCUAAACUAUCCUAUGAAUUAGGAGAUGAAUAAACUAUUUCGUAGCUGUACAAUCGUACAAAUGUGUCUACAGUACUCUACAGAAGUCUGAUUUUUGUGUUUAUAAUACCUGAUCUCUGCGCUAAUUGCUUUUUUUUUUUUUUGUCUGUGCUUGUUUUAUCAAUAUAAAAUAUAAUACAAAAUGAAAGAUUUAUUCCCUGGAAUAUCACAGCAAAUACCAUUACUUGUGAUUGCCCAGUGUUGUUACUUUAUAAAUUAUAUGAGCA